GAGAAGGAAAAGGGUAACAUUUGUUUAGGAUUGGAUUGGGAAGGAAAGCAGAGGCAGAGGUUGGGGAGGUGGAAAAAGAAACAAAAGAAUAGAAAAAGGUGAGGAAGAAAUCGAGGAAAAGGAAAAAGGAAAAGGAAGACGAAAAGCGAAGAUUGUAGUUUAGGAGGAUUAGGAAGAAGGAAUGAGUGCAACAGUGACUCUAACUCUGAACCUAUGCCCUAGUUCCUCCAUCGUCACCGCCUCUCAUCUCUCUCCGCAUUGCUAUUCCUUCAAGAGCAUACCAAACCCUAAUAUCAAUGCCUUCUUCAGCUUCUCCCUCUCUCUCUCUCUGUUUCAUCACGGACGCGUCGGUACCUGCAAGAAGCUCGUACCCAAACCAUUCCCCUCAAGACGGACGUGGCUUUAUGGACAUAUGAAUAGAGAUCCAGAUACAACCAGCCCAAGUUAUGAAUUGGAGAAGGGGUUGGCCUUAUUUGGUUCCGAUGAAGAACUGGCAACACAAAUUCCAACUCAGGUCCAAUCAGUUGUUGAAGGAUCUGGGUCAAUUCGUGUAUCAGAGUUCAAACCUGUUCCUGAUGUUGAUUAUCUGCAGGAGUUAUUGGCCAUUCAACAACAAGGACCUAGAGCUAUUGGCUUUUUUGGAACACGGAACAUGGGAUUCAUGCACCAGGAACUAAUUGAGAUUCUUAGCUAUGCUAUGGUUAUAACUAAAAAUCAUAUAUAUACAUCUGGAGCAUCUGGGACUAAUGCUGCUGUUAUCCGAGGUGCUUUAAGGGCAGAGAAACCAGAGUUGCUUACAGUUAUAUUACCACAAAGUUUAAGCAAACAGCCUCCCGAGAGUCAGGAGCUAUUGUCCAAAGUGAAAAAUGUCAUAGAAAAGCCCCAUAAUGAUCAUCUACCUCUAAUAGAAGCCAGCAGGUUAUGCAAUAUGGACAUCAUUUCACACGUGCAGCAAGUGAUUUGUUUUGCUUUCCAUGACAGUAGGUUGCUUAUGGAAACUUGUCAAGAAGCAAAAAAUUUGCGGAAGAUUGUGACGCUUUUCUACCUCGAUUGACAUUUUUAUCCAUGUGUAUACAUUAUUCUCUUGCACAGGAGUGGGCUGGGAGAGAGUAGUGCUUAUUUUUGGUUUGUAAUUAUUGUUAUAACAAUCAAUGAUAUUGCCUUAACUUGCUUUUUAUAUACACCUGUAAAGGUGUUUUAAUUGGGAAUGGAUCCUCUCCCGUUUUUUUCCGAAACGAGAGGUCCAAAUCUGAAAAUUUAGAACACGGGGUUCUAAUAAUAAAUAUCAUGCUGAUACGAGGUUUCUUAUCUA